AUGUCCGACGUCAACACAGACCGCUGCACUCCACGCUGUCAGCACCGUCCGCGUCCGACGUCACCACAGCAAGAAGCACUCCACGCUCACCACAGCCUGCUGGACUCGACACUGUCAGCACCGUCCGCGUCCGACGUCACCACACCCCGCUGCACUCCACGCUGUCAGCGCCGUACCACUUUGACGUCACCACAGCCUGCUGCACUCAACACUGCGUGCACCGUCCGCGUCCGACGACACCACAACCCGCUGCACACAACGCUGUCAGCACCGUCCACGUCCGACGUCAACACAGACCGCUGCACUCCACGCUGUCAGGACCGUCCGCGUCCGACACCACCACAGCCCACUGCGCUCCACGCUGUGAGCACCGCCCGCGUCCGACGUCGCCACAGCCUGGUGCACUCCACGCUGUCAGCACCGUCUGUGUCUGACGUCACCACAGCCCGCUGCACUCCACGCUCUCCGUCCGUGUCCGACGUCACCACAGCCUGCUGCACUCCACAGUGUCAGCGUCGUCCGUGUCCGUCGUCACCACAGACUGUUGGACUCCACGCUGUCAGCACUGUCCGCGUCCGACGUCACAACAGCACGCUGCACGCCACGCUCCCGUUGCACUCCACGCUGUCAGCACCGUCCACGUCCGACGUCAACACAGACCGCUGCACUCCACGCUGUCAGGACCGUCCGCGUCCGACAUCACCACAGCCCACUGCGCUCCACGCUGUGAGCACCGCCCGCGUCCGACGUCGCCACAGCCUGGUGCACUCCACGCUGUCAGCACCAUCUGUGUCUGACGUCACCACAGCCGGCUCGAUUCCACGCUGUCAGCACCGUCCGUGUCCGACGUCACCACUGAAUGCAGCAGUCAACGCUGUGAGAAUCGUUCAUGUCCGACGACACCACACCCCGCUGCACUCCAUGCUGUCAGCACCGACCCCGUCCGACAUCACCACAGCCUGCAGCACUCCACGCUGUGAGCACCGUCCGUGUCCGACGUCACCACAGCCCGCUGCACUCCACUCUGUCAUCACCGUCCGCUUCCGACGUCACCACAGCCGCCUGGACUCCACGCUGUCAGCACCGUCCGUGUCCGACGUCACCACAGCCCGCUGCAAUCCACGCUGUCAGCACAGUCCGUGUCCGAUUUCACCACAGCCCGUUGCACUCCACGCUGUCAGCACCGUCCACGUCCGACGUCAAUACAGACCGCUGCACUCCACGCUGUCAGGACCGUCCGCGUCCGACGUCACCACGGCCAGCAGCACUCCACGCUGUGAGCACCAUCAGUGUCCAACGUCACCACAGCCCGCUGCACCCCACGCUGUCAGCUCCGUCCGUAUCCGACGUCACCACAGCCCGCUGGACUCCAGUCUGUCAGCACCGUCCUCGUUUGACGUCACCACAGCCCGCUGCACUCCACGCUGUGAGCACCGUCCGCGUCCAACGUCACAACAGCCCGUUGGACUCCAUGCUGUGAGCACCAUCUGUGUCCGAUGUCACCACAGCCCGCUACACUCCACGCUGUCAGCACCGUACAGCCCGCUGCACUCCACGCUGUCAGCACCGUCCGCGUCCGACGUCACCACAGCCCGCUGGAUUCCACGCUGUCAGCACCGUCCGCGUCCGAUGUCUUCACAGCCCACAGGACUCCACACUGUCAGCACCGUCCGCGUCCGAUGUCACCACAGCCAGCUGCACUCCAUGCUGCCAUCACCGUCCGCGUCCAACUUCACCACAGCCUGCUGCACUCCACGCUGUGAGCACCGCCCGCGUCCGACGUCACCACAGCCCGCCGCACUACACGCUGUCAGCACCGUCCAUGUCCGACGCCACCACAGCCCGCUGCACUCCACGCUGUCAGCACCAUCCGUGUCCGACGUCACCACAGCCUGCUACACUCCACGCUGCCAGUGCCAGCUGUGUCCGGCGUCACCUCCGCCUGCUGCAAUCCUCGCUCACCACAGCCUGCUGGACUCGACACUGUCAGCAACGUCCGCGUCCGACGUCAUCACACCCCGCUGCACUCCACGCUGUCAGCGCCGUACCUCUUUGACGUCACCACAGCCUGCUGCACUCAACGCUGUGUGCACCGUCCGCGUCCGACGACACCACAACCCGCUGCACACAACGCUGUCAGCACCGUCCGCGUCCGACGUCACCACAGCCCGCUGGACUCCAUGCUGUCAGCACCGUAAGUGUCCGACGUCACCGCAGCUUGCUGGACUCCACCCUGUCAGUGCCGCCUGUGUCCGACGUCACCGUAGCCCGCUGCACUCCAGGCUGUCAGCACCGUCCGCGUACAACGUCUUCACAUCCCACAGGACUCCACACUGUCAGCACCGCACUCGUCCGACGUCACCACAGCCCCUUGCAUUCCACGCUGUGAUCGCCAUCGGUGACCGACGUCACCACAGCGCGCUUCUCUCCACGCUGUGUGCACCGUCAACGUCCGACGUCACCACAGCCCGCUGGACUCCACUCUGUCAGCUCCGUCCGUGUCCGACGUCACCACAGCCUGCUGCACUCCACAGUGUCAGCGUCGUCCGUGUCCGUCGUCACCACAGCCUGUUGGACUCCACGCUGUCAGCACUGUCCGCGUCCGACGUCACAACAGCACGCUGCACUCCAUGCUGUGAGCACCGUCCGCGUCCGACGUCACCACUGCCCACUGGACUCCACGCUGUCAGCACCGACCGUGUCCGACGUCUCCACAGCUUGCUCACCGUCCGCGUCCGACGUCACCUCAGGCCGCUGCACUUCGCGCUGUCAGCGCCGUCCGUGACCGACGUCACCACAGCCCGCUGCACUCCAUGCUGUGUGCACUGUCCGCGUCCGACGUCACCACAGCCCGCUGCACUACACGCUGUGAGCACCGCCCGCGUCCGUCGUCACCACAGCCUGUUAGACUCCACGCUGUCAGCACUGUCCGCGUCCGACGUCACAACAGCACGCUGCACUCCAUGCUGUGAGCACCGUCCGCGUCCGACGACACCACAGCCCGCUGCACACAACGCUGUCAGCACCAUCCGCGUCCGACGUCACCGCAGCCCGCUGCACACAACGCUGUCAGCACCAUCCGCGUCCGACGUCACCGCAGCCCGCUGCACACCACGCUGUCAGCACCGUCUGCGUCCGACACACCACAGCCCACUGGACUCCACACUGUCAGCACCGUCCGCGUCCGACGUCAGCACAUGCCGCUGCACUCCAAGCUCCCGCUGCACUCCACGCAGUCAGCACCGUCCGGGUCUGACAUUACCACGGCCUGCUGGACUCCACGCUGUCAGCACCGUCCGCGUCCGACGUCACGACAGCCUGCUGGACUCGACGCUGUCAGCACCGUUCUUGUCCGACGUCACCACAGCCCACUGGACUUUAUACUGUCAGCACCGUCCGCGUCCGACGUCACCAAAGGCCACUGCACUGCACGCUGUCAGCGCCGUCCGUGUCCGUCGUCAACACAGCCCGCUGCACUCCACUCUGUCAUCACCGUCCGCUUCCGACGUCACCACAGCCGCCUGGACUCCACGCUGUCAGCACCGUCCGUGUCCGACGUCACCACAGCCCGCUGCAAUCCACGCUGUGUGCACCGUCCGCGUCCGAUGUCACCACACCCCGCUGCACUCCACGCUGUCAGCACCAUCCGUGUCCGACGUCACCACAGCCUCCUGGACUCCACGCUGUCAGCAGCGUCCGUGUCCGACGUCACCACAGCCCGCUGCACCCCACGCUGUCAGCACCGUCUGCGUUAGACGUCACCACAGCCCGCUGGACUCCACACUGCCGGCACCGUCCGCGUCCGACGUCACCACAGCCCGCUGCACUCCACGCUGGCAGCACCGUCCGUGUCCGACGUCAUCACAGCCUGCUGCACUCCACGCUUUCAGUGCCGUCUGUGUCCGAUGUCAUCACAGCCCAUUGCACUCCACGCUGUCAGCGUCGUGCGUGUCCGACGUCACCACAGCCCGCUGCUCUGCACGCUGUGUUCACCGUCCGCGUCCGACGUCACCACAGCCCGCAGCACUCCACGCUGUCAGCACCGUCCAUGUCCGACGUCACCACAGCCUGCUGCACUCCACGCUUUCAGUGCUGUCUGUGUCCGACGUCACCACAGCCCACUGCACUCCACGCUGUGAGCACCGUCCGCUUCUGACGUCACCACAGCCCCCUGCACUCCACGCUGACACCACCGUGGCCUGA